AUGGUGCCUCUCUCCUGGCUCCCAGGAAUCCUGUCACUGCUGCUUGCUCUGAACCUGAAAUAUGGGGCAGGGAACCCGAUUUCCGUUGGUGAGGAUGAUGCCCCCUGCACCACGGCGUAUCCGUGUCCCAGCAACGUCAUGAGCCAGGUCAAGAAUCAAUUGAUGCUACUCCACAACAAUGCUGACCAUCUCCUAAAACUUUAUUACACAGCCCAGGGAGAGCCUUUCCAAAGCAGUGCGGACAAGCUGUGCAGUUGGUAUCCUCCGACUUUCCCACCCUUCUACCCCAACGGCAUAGAGAAGGAUAAGGUGAUGCAGCUGUACCAUAUCAUUAUGUACCUUGAUGCAGCUGUCGGCCAAAUCAUACAGAAGCAGAAGAUACUCAACCCCACUGAGCAGGACCUUCACAACCAGUUGAGCUCCACGUUGGACAUUCUGCGUGGGACCAUCAGCAACGUGCUUUGUCAUCUCUGCAACACAUACAAAGUGGGCAAAGUGGAGGUGUCCACCUGCAUUGAUGUCCUGGACGACAACUUCCUGACUAAGCAGCAGGGCUGUCAGCUCCUAGUAAAGUACAAGACAGUCAUGGCUGAGCUGGUCCAGGCCUUCUAG